UUCUCAUUCUUUCUUUCCUCCCUCUCUCCGCUGCCCGGGUCUCGGAUGGAGCCGCUUCCCCUCUAACUUCCCCGCCGCCCGUGCCUGCAGGCUGGGUGCGGACCCCCGAGCCCCUCCCUGGCGAGGAUGACCCUUCUGCCUUUUUAAACCGCCCCCCCCAACCCCCCAAACAAACAACAACAACAACAAAAAAGCGCUUUAUUUUUUAAGGGGGGGGAAUUUCGCUUUUUAUUUUUAAAUUUUUUUAAAAUUUUUUUUUUUUUUUUGGCGGGGGGUGGAAGUUGGAAUCUUUUAUUUCCUCCUCGGCCCCCCUCCCGCGGGGCCGCCCCCCCCUGCCCGGCUGCCCCCCCCGGGCCCCGCAGAGCCGCUCCGGAGGAGAGAGAGAGAAAAAACGCCCGGACUGCUCCAGCCUCCGAAAUGACUCAGUAACUUUUACGCCUCGAGUCUCAGCCCUGCAAUUAGGCACUUUCCCAGCACGGCUCGGGAUGUAUUCGUCUCCUCUCUGCCUGACCCAGGAUGAGUUCCACCCCUUCAUCGAGGCGCUGCUCCCCCACGUCAGGGCCUUUGCCUACACGUGGUUCAACCUGCAGGCCCGCAAGCGCAAGUACUUCAAGAAGCACGAGAAGAGGAUGACGAAGGAUGAGGAGAGGGCGGUGAAGGACGAGCUGCUGAGCGAGAAGCCGGAGGUGAAGCAGAAAUGGGCCUCGCGCCUCCUGGCCAAGCUGCGCAAGGACAUCCGGCCCGAGUGCCGCGAGGACUUCGUGCUCUCCAUCACGGGCAAGAAGCCCUCGUGCUGCGUCCUCUCCAACCCCGACCAGAAGGGCAAGAUGCGUCGCAUCGACUGCCUGCGCCAGGCCGACAAGGUGUGGCGGCUGGACCUGGUCAUGGUCAUCCUCUUCAAAGGGAUCCCGCUGGAGAGCACCGAUGGCGAGCGCCUGGUCAAGUCUGGCCAGUGCACCAACCCCAUCCUCUGCGUCCAGCCCCACCACAUCAGCGUCUCUGUCAAGGAGCUCGACCUCUACCUGGCGUAUUUCGUCCGUGAGAGAGAUGCAGAGCAGAGCAGCAGCCCCCGGACAGGCAUCGGCUCGGACCAGGAGGACAGCAAACCCAUCACGCUGGAUUCCACAGACUUCCAGGAAAGCUUCGUCACCUCAGGGGUGUUCAGUGUCACCGAGCUCAUCCAGGUGUCCCGAACGCCGGUGGUGACGGGCACGGGGCCAAACUUCUCCCUGGGGGAGCUGCAGGGCCACCUGGCCUACGACCUGAACCCCUCCAGCACCGGCAUGAGGAGGACGCUGCCCAGCACCUCCUCCAGCGGGAGCAAACGGCACAAGUCGGGGUCCAUGGAGGAUGACAUUGACACCAGCCCGGGGGGCGAGUACUACACCUCCUCCAACUCCCCCACCAGCAGCAGCCGCAACUGGACAGAAGACAUGGAAGGGGGCAUCUCCCCCACCGUGAAGAAGACAGAGAUGGACAAGUCCCCGUUCAACAGCCCAUCGCCCCAGGACUCCUCGCCUCGGCUGAGCAGCUUCACGCAGCACCACCGUCCCGUCAUCGCCGUGCACAGUGGUAUCGCCCGAAGCCCGCACCCAUCGUCUGCGCUUCAUUUCCCCACCACCUCCAUCCUCCCCCAGACGGCCUCCACCUACUUCCCGCACACGGCCAUCCGGUACCCGCCUCAUCUCAACCCGCAGGACCCGCUCAAAGAUCUCGUCUCGCUGGCCUGCGACCCGUCCAACCAGCAGCCCGGACCGCCUACUCUGCACCAGGCACGCCCCCUGCGAACCGUACCUUCGUGGGAUUAGGACCAAGGGAUCCUGGGAGUAUCUAUCAGGCACAGUCCUGGUACCUGGGAUAACCGCCGCCGUGCCGCCCCUUCGCCUCCCUUCUCCUCUGCUUUAGGCACCCCCAGAGGAACAUCCCCGUCCCCGAGCACCAGGCCCAGCCUUGCGGUGACGACGGAGAGCGCGGCCUCACGACGACGACGACGACGACGACAAGCAAAACCCACACCCGAAGGAAAGAGCGAGGGAAAGGAAGAAGGAAAAGGGUCAAACUGUUUUAAAAAGGAAACAAACAAACAAACAAAACAACAACCCAUCCCAGGAGGACCUUCCCCCCCACACCCCGGCGAUGCGCCAGAAAACAAAGAAACAGGAAAAAAAAAAAAAAAAGAAAAGAAAAAAACACUAUUAUUUACCCCGUCGGCCGGCGCCGCGCUGAGACCUGACACAACUCGUGCCAGCAAUGCCUCCCGGAGCGGCUGCAGGGCCGCGGUGCCGAGCCCCGCCGGCCGCUCGCCGGAUAUGCAAACGGCUUUGACUCUCUCGUUCUUGCCUCUAUGUGAGUAGAAAAGAUCAAAAAAAAACCCUCCGCCGCCCCCCCCGGCCCCACGCAGACUCUCGGGGGGCCCCGGGGCUGGGGUGGGGCGCGGCGGGGCGGGCUGAGGGGACCCUCCUGCCACCCGAGCCCCGCGGAUCGGCUGCGCCCGCGGUCAGGGCAGGUGACGCUCCGCGCCGUGACAGCGCCCCGGGGGUGGGUGGCAUCGCGCUGCGGUGACACGGUGGCACGAGCGGGUGUCACAGGAGGAGGGGGCUUUUGGCCGCGGAGGGUGCGCGGGCACGGCCAGAAACGGUUGUGGUGGCGGUGACACCCCGGUCCCCGCGGGGACACAGCGUGGGGACCCUCCCAGCACGGCCCCGACAGGACCCGGGCGGCCACCGUCACUCCGGGGCACCGGUCGCCGUCUCUCUGGUCGCCUUCCUCCCCCCGCAGCCCGCAGCAGCCCCGGCCCCGUGUGUCCCCACGCGUGUCCCCGUGUCCCCCGGCGUGUUUCCCGGCGUGUCCCCGCGCCCGGGGGGGGCCGUGGGGCCGGGGCGAGGGGGGCCGUGCGUCCGUGUGUUUGAGCUAUGCAUUCCUGUGGACAGGUACCAGGUGGGAGGCAGGAGAGGGUGCGCUCGUGUUGCACAUUUUGUAGGAAAUGCACUUUUAAGAGGGAAUCGUCAAAAAAAAAAAAAAAAAGAAAGAAAGAAAAAAGAAGAAAAGAAAAAAAGAAA